GCAGCUACCAAAGCUAUGAUGAGCAUCAAUGGUGAUGAAGACAGCGCAGCUGCCCUCGGACUGCUGUAUGAUUACUACAAGGUUCCAAGGGAGAGGAGGUCUUCGACAGCUAAACCAGAGGUAGAACAUCCUGACCAAGACCACAGCAAAAGGAACAGCAUCCCAAAUGUGACAGAACAGUCACUCAUUUCUGCUGGAGAAAACAGAGUCCAGGUUCUGAAAAAUGUGCCUUUCAAUAUUGUACUUCCACACACGCCCCAGAUGGGCAUGGACAAGAGAGGCCACCUUACAACCCCUGACACAACGGUCACUGUUUCAAUUGCCACGAUGCCCACCCAUUCCAUCAAAACGGAGACACAGCCCCAUGGCUUUGCAGUGGGCAUCCCACCAAGCGUCUACCACCCCGAGCCCCCUGAGCGGGUGGUGGUCUUCGACAGGAACCUCAAUCCCGACCAGUUCAGUUCCAACACCCAGCCUCAGAACUCCCAGAGGCGAACACCAGACUCCACCUUCUCAGAGACUUUCAAGGAGGGCGUGCAAGAGGUUUUCUUUCCUACUGAACUGAAUCUCCGGAUGGCCAACAUGAAUUCAGAAGAUUACGUGUUUGACAGCAUUUCUGGGAAUAACUUCGAAUACACUCUGGAAGCCUCCAAAUCCCUCCGACAGAAGCCUGGGGACAGCACCAUGACUUACCUGAAUAAAGGUCAAUUUUACCCGAUCACGCUGAAAGAAGUCAGCAGCAGCGAAGGAAUCCAUCACCCCAUCAGUAAAGUCCGAAGUGUCAUCAUGGUCGUGUUUGCUGAAGACAAAACAAGAGAAGAUCAGCUCAGGCACUGGAAAUACUGGCACUCAAGACAGCACACGGCCAAACAAAGAUGCAUUGACAUAGCUGACUACAAGGAGAGCUUCAACACCAUCAGUAACAUUGAGGAGAUUGCGUACAAUGCCAUAUCCUUCACUUGGGACAUCAACGAGGAAGCAAAGGUUUUCAUUUCUGUGAACUGCCUCAGCACGGAUUUCUCCUCUCAGAAGGGAGUUAAAGGCCUGCCCCUGAAUCUUCAGAUCGACACCUACAGCUACAACAACAGGAGUAACAAACCUGUCCACAGAGCCUACUGCCAGAUUAAAGUCUUCUGCGACAAGGGAGCAGAGAGGAAGAUCAGGGAUGAAGAGCGAAAGCAGAGCAAAAGAAAAGGCAAGUGCACUGACCCCAGCUCUCAGUUGAAUGCCUUUUCUGAUGUCAAAGUGCCAAUGCUUCCCUCACACAAACGUACGGACAUCACCGUCUUCAAGCCCUUCAUGGAUCUUGACACUCAGCCUGUCCUUUUCAUUCCUGACGUUCACUUUGCAAAUCUUCAGCGUGGGGCUCAUGUCCUUCCUGUUGCUUCAGAAGAACUGGAGGGUGAAAGCUCCAACCUGAAGAGAGGAGCCUAUAUCGGUGAAGAGGACUUUAUUGCUACUCCAAAUAAGAUGGCCAGAAUAGAAGAACCAAAAAGAGUGUUGCUGUAUGUCAGAAAAGAGUCAGAGGAAGUCUUUGAUGCACUAAUGUUAAAGACACCGUCUCUGAAAGGUCUAAUGGAAGCGAUAUCUGACAAGUAUGACGUUCCUUUUGAUAAAAUAGGAAAAAUCUUCAAAAAAUGUAAAAAAGGAAUUCUGGUCAACAUGGAUGAUAACAUUGUGAAACACUAUUCUAAUGAAGAUACCUUCCAGUUGCAGAUUGAAGAAGUUGGGGGAUCUUACAAGCUCACUCUGACGGAGAUCUAA